UGGGCUCAGUAUCGCUGUCACGGCUCGUCCGGUCGGAGCUUCCGCUCUCCAGCUAAAGUCUUUCCUCCACAGAUGAAGGUGGAGCGUCUCUGGGAGCCGAUGUGGAUGUGAAUCCAGCAGCAGCUUCAGAGGUUGUUGUGUUGGCGUGGACUCGGCUAUGAAUCAGUGUGAGGACAGACAGAAGGGGGUCCGUCCCUCUGACGGGGAUCAUGACGACCAGACCAAAGCUCAGAGCCCAGAGCAGCAGCACACACCAGGACCUGGACCUGGACCUGGACCCAGCUGUGUGUCCAUGAAAAGUAAUGAGUCCAUGAAGUUUCCUCUUCUUUUCAGAAAAUCUUCCGAUGGAAAGAUCCAGCAGCAGAGACCAGACUCUGCUGAACCCAGCUGUCUGUCCCUCAAGAGCGACCGGUCAGAGGAACGUUUCAUUGACUUUAAAGGACGACGUCCGUGUGCUGAUCACAUAGUCGAUGAGGAGAGCUCAGAGGUUCCCAGUGAUCAGUCUGCCCAGCAGCAUCAGACUCACCUGGACUCCAUGUUUAUGCUGCUGGAGAAGAACAUUGUCACUUUUGUGAAGAACGAGCUGAAGAAGAUCCAGAAGAUUCUGAGUUCAGAUUACCCAGAAUUCUUAGGGAGUCAGAUGGAGGAUGAGGAGGUGUUGAACAGUGAGGAUGAAGAGCAGAGGAGCAGCAAAGAAGCAUUUCUGAAGAUCACGCAGCACUUCCUGAGGAGCAUGAAGGAGGAGGAUCUGGCUGACCGUCUGCAGAGCAGAUAUCCUGUUUCAGUUUGUUUCCAGCAAACACUUAAAUCUAACCUGAAGGAGAAGUUCCAGUGUGUGUUUGAGGGGAUUGCUAAAGCAGGAAACCCAGCCCUUCUGAAUCAGAUCUACACAGAUCUCCACAUCACAGAGGGGGGGACUGGGGAGGUCAAUAAUGAACAUGAGGUCAGACAGAUUGAAACAGCAUCCAGGAAACCAGACAGACCAGAAACAACAAUCAGACAUGAAGACAUCUUUAAGCUCCCACCUGGAAGAGAGGAACCAAUCAGAACAGUGAUGACGAAGGGCGUGGCUGGCAUUGGGAAAACAGUCCUAACACAGAAGUUCACUCUGGACUGGGCCGAAGACAAAGCCAACCAGGACAUACAGCUCACGUUUCCAUUCACCUUCAGAGAGCUGAAUGUGCUCAAAAAGACAAAGUACAGCUUGGUGGACCUUGUUCAUCACUUCUUUCCUGAAGCAAAAGCAGCAGGAAUCUGCAGGUUUGAGGAGUUCCAGGUUGUGUUCAUCUUUGAUGGUCUGGAUGAGUGUCGACUUCCUCUGGACUUCACCAACAAUGAGAUCCUGACUGAUGUGACAAAGUCCACCUCGGUGGAUGUGCUGCUGACAAACCUCAUCAGGGGGAAACUGCUUCCUUCUUCUCGCCUCUGGAUAACCACACGACCUGCAGCAGCCAAUCAGAUCCCUCCUAAGUGUGUUGACAUGGUGACAGAGGUCAGAGGGUUCACUGAUGAACAGAAGGAGGAGUACUUCAGGAAGAGAUUCAAAGACGAGGAGGAGGCCAGCAGGAUCAUCUCCCACAUCAAGACAUCACGAAGCCUCCACAUCAUGUGCCACAUCCCGGUCUUCUGCUGGAUCACUGCCACAGUUCUGGAGGAUGUGAUGAAGACCAGCGAGGAAGGAGUGCUGCCCAAGACCCUGACUGAGAUGUACAUCCACUUCCUGGUGGUUCAGUCCAAACUGAAGAUCAUCAAGUAUGAAGGAGGAGCUGAGUCAGACCCACACUGGAAUCCAGAGACCAGUGAGAUGAUUGAGUCUCUGGGAAAACUGGCUUUUGAGCAGCUGCAGAAAAGAAACCUGAUCUUCUACGAAUCAGACCUGACAGAGAGUGGCAUCGAUAUCAAAGCAGCCUCAGUGUACUCAGGAGUGUUCACACAGAUCUUUAUAGAGGAGAGAGGACUGUACCAGGACAAGGUGUUCUGCUUCAUCCAUCUGAGUGUUCAGGAGUUUCUGGCUGCUCUUCAUGUCCAUCAGACCUUCUUUAAUUCUCGAGUCAAUCUGCUGUCAGAAGGACAAUCAACGUCCCUGAAGUCUGAAACAAGACAAGAUGAAUCUGCAGAGACACACUUCUACCAGACUGCUGUGGACAAGGCCUUACAGAGUCCAAACGGACACCUGGACUUGUUCCUCCGCUUCCUCCUGGGUCUUUCUCUGCAGAACAAUCAGACUCUCCUAAAAGGUCUGCUGACACAGACAGGAGGUAGCUCACAGACCAAUGAGGAAACAGUCCAGUACAUCAAAAAGAAGAUCGAGAAGGAUCUGUCUCCAGAGAAAAGCAUCAAUCUGUUCCACUGCCUGAACGAACUGAACGAUCGUUCUUUAGUGGAGCAGAUCCAACAGUCCUUGAGAUCAGGAAGUCUCUCCACAGAUAAACUGUCUCCUGCUCAGUGGUCGGCUCUGGUCUUCAUCUUACUGUCGUCAGAAAGAGAUCUGGAUGUGUUUGACCUGAACAAAUACUCUGCUUCAGAGGAGGCUCUCCUGAGGCUGCUGCCAGUGGUCAAAGCCUCCAACAAAGCUCUACUGAGCGGCUGUAACCUCUCAGAGAGAUUCCUUAAAGCUCUGUCCUCACUACUCAGCUCUCCAUCCUGUAGUCUGAGAGAGUUGGACCUGAGUAACAACAACCUGCAGGACUCUGGAGUGAAGCUGCUGUCUGCUGGACUGGAGAGUCCACACUGUACACUGGAGAUUCUCAGGCUGUCGGGCUGUCAGAUCACAGAGGAAAGCUGUGCUUCUCUGGCUUCAGCUCUGACCUCCAACCCCUCCCAUCUCAGAAAGCUGGACCUGAGCUACAAUCAUCCGGGAGACUCAGGAGUGAAGCUGCUGUCUGCUGGACUGGAGAAUCCACAAUGGAGACUGGACAGUCUUAGGGUGGAGCCUGCUGGAGUCCGAUGGUUGAGACCAGGUCUGACGAAGUAUUCCUGUGAACUCGCUCUCGACACAAACACGGUCAACAAAAGCCUCAAACUGUCGGACAACAACAGGAAGGUGACGUACGUGAAGGAGGAUCAAUCAUAUCCUGAUCAUCCCGACAGGUUCGACGAGUGGCCUCAGCUGCUGACUGGAACUGGUCUGACUGGUCGCUGUUACUGGGAGGUGGAGUGGAGCGGACUGGUUUACAUAUCGGUGAGUUACAGAGGGAUCAGCAGGAGGGGAAACGGGUACGACUACAGGUUUGGAAGGAACGACCUGUCCUGGAGUCUGGAGUGCUCCGACGACGGUUACUGUGUCUGGCACAACAACAGAGGAGACGUCACCCCCUCCCCCGUCUCUAAACGAGUGGGGGUGUAUGUGGACUGUCCUGCUGGCACUCUGACUUUCUACAGAGUCUCCUCUGACACACUGAUCCACCUCCACACCAUCAGUGCCAGGUUCACUGAACCUCUGUAUCCCGGCUUUGGGUUGGGGUUCUGGUCUAACAGGUUUGGGUCCUCAGUGUCUCUGUGUCCUCUGUAGGAGGGAGGGAAGGUGGCGGCCUUAUCGGGCCAAAAAGGAUGUUUGAAUAUUCCUCUAAAAACAAAAACACAGACUGAAACCAUUCAAAUAUCCGUUUGAGCAUUAAAGCCACGAGAGACUUUUACUGCUUCGUCUCUGUACCUCCAUAUCACAGAGGAGACAGACAAAAUAAUGUCCCGUUUAAUGUUUGACAGCUCAGAUUUUUUAUAAUAAGUGUCGGACAACAUUACGAAAGGAUCCUGCAGAGACUUUUUAUUAAAGAGUAAGAUCCAUUAGUUCAAUCAGAAACAGCUGUUAUCUCUCACCAAAGCCACCAGACUCCAUUAAAAAAACAGUAAUUUUAUCAUCAUAAAACACAUCAGCAGAACACCAGCAGGGACACUGAAGUGUUACUGAACUCAGAUCAGCGUCGUUUGUGAUGCUGACAGUGACGUCUGCGCAGUGACUGAGCCGCGGCUCGUUUUCUUUUUGGAACCACAGUUUGAGGAAAAGUGUUGUAAUUAAUAUUAAAAUGUAUUAAAGUGGGAACAAAUAUUCAA